AUAUAUAUAUAUAUAUAUAUAUGUAUAUACAAUUGUCAUUCUUCACCCACACGCACUUCUAAACUUUUUUCUUCCUUCCUUUCUAUCUUAUACGAGACAUUCUCUUCGUUUCCUCAUAAUUCACAUAGAACCCCUCCCUAAAAUAUAUAUCCCGGCAAGGUUAUCAUCAUCAUCAUCACUACCAUUAAUACUACUACUACUACUACUACUCUUACUACUACCACCACCAUCACUACCACGACUAUUGGUUUUCUAGAAAGAAAACACCGACAAGACUAGAAGCAAAAAGUAAAAAGGAAAAAAAAAAAGCAAUUCACUAACAUUACUAUUACCACAAGCGCAACAACAACAACAACCACCACCACCAUCACCAUCACCAGUUAGGAAAAGCAACACACAGCGGAUCCAAACAACAACAUUCACAAUCCACAUCAUCAGCAAUAAUAAUUCAUCAACCGUCAACACUUUUUCGUAUAUCUAGGAGCUCGGUCACGCACACACAUCACAUACACAAUACAUAUAUCUAUGUAGACACAGAUAAAUAUAAUACUUAUCAUAUAUGUAUAUAUACACACGCAUAUAUAGCACGCACAUACAACUAUAUCACAACACAUAAUCGUAUAUGUAAACAUAAUAUACAUCAUAAUAUAUAUAUAUAUAUAUAUAUAUACAUUAAUAUAAAUACACACGCACACAGAGAUCACAACAUACAUACAGACAGCCAUCAUACCCACAUCACGCAUUCCACGAGUAAAUAUUAAUUAAUAAUUAAAAACCCAAAAUGCAUCUUCUGGCACAUGUCUGCCUGUGUCUUGUGGUCGCCCUACACACGGUUCGAUCGGAGAUUUUCACAGCUAUGGUGGAACUCGAAAAGACACUACAAACUGAACAGGAGAUAGCGAUUCUACUCAAAGACUACAUUGCCAGUGAGGAAGAAAGGCUGGCGCAUUUGAAAAGCGUUGCUGAGGAUUACGACAGGCACAGUACUUUUGCUCUGGAAAAUCCGGAUCACUUUGUUGGUAAUCCAGUCAAUGCAUUUCUCCUAGUCAAACGAUUCACCGUGGACUGGGACAAAGAAUUCCAGUUUUUAAAGGACAACAUCACAAAUGAAUUAGUUUCCACGAUAGAAAUCAAGAGACAAUAUCUUCCUGACUAUGAAGAUCUUAAUGGGGCAGCGGCCGCUCUUUUACGACUGCAAGACACUUACCAGUUGGAUACUGCUGAUAUUGCACGUGGGGAAGUUGGUGGUGUGAAAACCCAAGAACUCACAGGAAGUAGCACCUCUUUUGUUUGUUUAAUUAUUGCUAUUGUUGUUUUUGUUCAUUCCUCUUCUCCAGAUCCUACUCAUCAGAGAGCCAAAAAUAAUAAAUUCUACUUUGAAAAAAUGCUUGAAGAAGAUAAAGUUAAAGCAGCACAAAGACGUGGUGACACUGGAUUACAACGAGUGAAGAAUCCUCGCCACAUCGAUGACUACCGUAACUCUGAAGAGUUCUAUGCAUAUGAGAGCCUGUGCCGAGGGGAAGAAAUUAUGCCAAUCAAAAAUGCCCACAAACUAAAGUGCAAGUAUGCCUGGUAUGGCAACCCAUAUUUGUAUUUAGCCCGAGUCAAGGAGGAAGAGAUGCACUUGGAUCCCUGGCUAGUAGUUUAUCAUGACAUCCUUUCAGACAACGAAAUAGACUUUGUGAAGACUUUUGCCACACCAAGGCUAAACAGAGCAACAGUACAGAAUUCAGUAACAGGAAAAUUAGAAACAGCAACAUACCGUAUCAGUAAAAGUGCUUGGUUGAAAGACGCAGACCACCUAAUUUUGUCCAGAAUCAACAAGAGAAUUGGAACUGUGACAGGUCUCAAUGUGGAAACUGCUGAGGAACUUCAGGUUGCCAACUAUGGAAUCGGUGGCCAUUAUGAACCACAUUUUGACUAUGCAAGGAAACGAGAGGUAGAUGCUUUUGAUGAAAUGGUAGGAAACAGAAUAGCUACAUUCCUCUUUUAUAUGUCUGAUAUUCCAAGUGGUGGAGCAACAGUUUUCCCUUAUAUUGGACUGAAAUUAUUUCCCAAAAAAGUAAGAAAUAUUUUAUCAUUCGAAUAAACAUUAUUAUUGUUG